AUGGAGGACUCUAACAGUUAUUUAACGAUAGAAGAUUUUAAAGAUCGUGAUUUAAGCAAACUGGAGAAGGCGGAUCCACUAGAUUGGUUGUGUAUAGCUGUUGAGAAAGCCUCUGAAAAAUUAGAAAACGAGCAAAAAAAUAAACCAUGUACUAACACCACAUCUAGCAUGGUUAUGAGCCAACAACGACCCCAUCCUUUUGUUCCUCACCAAUCUCAAACCUCCACCAACCGCCAUCGUAUCCCGGCCGACCACCUUUCUUAUCAACCCCAAUCACAAGGUCCACAACCACGAGGCCCACAAGGCCCACAACCACGAGUUCCACAACCACGAGGCCCACAACCACAAGUCCCACAACCACGGGUUCCUCAACAACAAAGCCCACAACCACGAGUUUCACAUCCACGAGGCCCACAACUUGAAGAACCUCUUCCAGAUGAAUACGUGCAGAAGAUACGAUAUAUGAAUGGAUACGACACGAGUUUGGUGAUCGCAAAGCCUCUGACUAAUUCAGACGUGAGCCGUGAUCAGUCCCGUAUGUCAAUGCCAAUAAGACAAUGCAACGAAGUAGACCUUAGCAGUGUGGGAAAAGGCGUCAAUGUGAAGGUCAUUAAACAAGAUGAUAAGAAUAACCUUGACAUAGUUAACGUCAUGUUUGGUAAGUACAAUGACUCUUACGUCUUUAACAAAAACUGGUAUUCUGAUUUUGUAAAGACCAAGAAUGGCAAAGGUAUUCUUGAGAAGGGUGAUAAAGUUCAAGUUUGGAGCUUUCGAAUUCCGACAAUUAUGCCGUCAAACCCUAACGGAGUUGUUCAUGAUCGUAUGAAUGAUAAAUAUGGUUUUGCUAUUGUUAAAUUAUCUAAGAUUAAUUCCUAA